GCGCGUUCUCGUAUUCAUUAUACGCUAAUUAUGUAUAUUCAUAGACAGCCCGCGGAGGGCGGAAAGGAAGAAGGGAGGGCGUCGCUGUUUAAAAUGCUGGGAAUGUGACAGCCAGUCGACCAGACCGCCAGCCUCGGCUCGGAGAGGGAAUGAAGAGACACCUCCGCGGGGAAAAUGCGCGCGGCAGCAGCAGCAGCGAAGUGACGCGUUACGCGCCGCUCCACAAGUGCUCGGACCCGAUCGCCCUUUUGAGGGGACAAACAUGACCGUGGUGCCCGGGGAGAACGUCGACGAGACCGUGGCGUUGACAGCCCUAUCCCAAGAUGUUUACGACCCCGAGCGCGCGGGUCAGGAGUGCUGCGAACGGGUGGUUAUCAACAUCUCCGGGUUGCGCUUUGAGACGCAGCUGAAAACCCUGGCGCAGUUCCCGUCCACCUUACUCGGGGACCCCAGAAAACGAAUGCGCUUCUUUGAUCCGCUGAGGAACGAGUAUUUCUUCGACAGGAACCGACCCAGCUUUGAUGCCAUCCUUUACUACUAUCAGUCCGGGGGGAGGUUACGGAGACCCGUCAAUGUGCCCGUGGACAUCUUCAUGGAGGAGAUUAAAUUCUACGAGUUGGGAGAGGAGGUCAUUGAGAAUUUUAAGGAGGACGAGGGGUUCAUCAAGGAGGAAGAGCGACCUUUGCCGGAAAACGAGUUCCAGCGUCAGGUCUGGCUUUUGUUCGAGUACCCAGAGAGUUCUGGACCCGCGAGGGGGAUCGCAAUAGUCUCGGUGCUCGUCAUUUUAAUAUCCAUCGUCAUCUUUUGUUUGGAGACUUUACCAGAGUUUAGGGAUGAGGGGAAAAUGCACGAGGAGCAGCUCGCCAUCAACGGAACCGUAAGUUCAAAGAAGCCAAAUCCCUUCACGGACCCGUUUUUUAUCGUGGAGACCCUCUGCAUCAUUUGGUUCUCAUUUGAGUUGCUGGUGAGGUUCCUUGCGUGCCCGAGCAAGCCCGCCUUUUUCAAGAACAUUAUGAACACCAUCGACAUCGUGGCGAUCAUACCCUACUUCAUAACCCUGGGUCUGGAGCUGGCAGAGCACCAGGGCAACGGGCAGCAGGCCAUGUCUCUGGCCAUACUGAGGGUCAUUCGCCUGGUGCGGGUGUUCCGCAUCUUUAAGCUCUCCAGACACUCCAAGGGUCUCCAGAUCCUGGGGAAGACCCUGCAAGCGAGCAUGCGGGAAUUAGGUCUGCUGAUAUUCUUUCUCUUUAUCGGGGUCAUACUCUUCUCCAGCGCCGUGUAUUUCGCCGAGACGGACGACCCCGACUCGGGGUUCAGCAGCAUCCCCGAUGCCUUCUGGUGGGCGGUGGUUUCCAUGACAACCGUGGGCUACGGAGACAUGUGCCCGGUCACCAUCGGGGGCAAGAUCGUGGGCUCUUUAUGCGCCAUCGCCGGCGUGCUCACCAUCGCGCUCCCGGUGCCCGUCAUAGUGUCCAACUUCAAUUACUUUUACCACAGAGAGACCGAGCACGAGGAGCAGUUACAGUACACGCACGUGACGUGCGGUCAGCAGCAGCAGCCUUCGUAUGGCGAGUUCCAAAGGAGCGACAGCAAACAGUCCAUGUCCAAAUCGGAGUACCUGGACUCGGAGGACGGAGAUUCGGUCAAGUACACCAACUGCAGCCCCCAUAAAGCAUGCACGGGAAAACUCACCGAUGUGUGAACGCGGACAUUUACGCGCCCAAAGAACGCAUCUUUCUCCGUGCGCGCAUCCUUAUCAUUGCUCGGCUCGGGCAGAUGUCUGUGAGGAACACAGCUUUAUCUGAAAAACAUAACUGUGCGAUUAUUUUUAACUAUGCGAUUAUUUUAUUAACUGUCUUCCGUUGUUGUGAUCGUCGAAGCGCGUGGCGUAGAGUAGGACGCAGUAGCUGUAUAGCCGCACAAAAGUAUAGAGAACGUAAAUUAUUAUAUUUAUUAGAUGCAACCCCGGUGAAAUCAAGCUGAAGCACUUUGCUCGUGUUCUCAUUCGUUAGUUUUACGCAUUUCGGUAAUGAAGUUUACGUACAUUACGCUUUUUAAGAGAGAAACAGUAGGACCAAUAUCGGUAUUUUAAUUUUAAAUAUUGAGGACAGUUGAGUUGAAAUGCAAUCUAAUUGGAAAAUAAAUACAUUAAUUUAAUUAAUUAAUAACCCCCCCGACUUGUUCCAGCUAAUUCCAGUUGUUUUUAGUGGCCGUAACAGGUACAUUUGAGAUGCGCAUAUCUCCAGAAAAGCUUUAUAAUUUCAAACAUCACAUUCUCACUUAUAUUAGACGUCUGAAACAUUGAAAUUUAACUUUACAGGUCAUUGCAUCUUAAUAUUCUUGCUUUUUUUUUGCAAAAGCAACAUUUGUGUAAGCUUUAUAUGAUCAACAGAUGUGCAGUGAUGGAUUGAAUAAGCAAGCUGCACAUUCAGAUAGAUUUUUAAAAUCUAAUAGCGCCACCUAGUGAUCAUAGAUGGUAGCUGCAGCCAGAAGAAUGUGUUUCCAUAGCAACCUUCCAGACGGUUCUCGAGACAUCAGGCAUUACAUUGUUCUCUUAAUUCAUUUGUUUAAAUAAAACAUGGUUGCCUCAUAAAUAGAACGCAUUUAAAAAUAAAUUGAUAUAUUUGGCAACCAAAAAAUCCGUCUUGUGCAACCCUUCACAGAUGAUCAAAUACACCGUAAUAGUUUGACAAAAUUGUCCACGCCGACCAGAAUGCAUCUGAUAACAUGAAGAAACAUCAACAUUUCUUGCUCUGCAACCAACGCCACGAGAUCGUGAGUUCAGCCCAUUAGGUUCAGCCAAAGGAUGCGUUGUGACGUCACUGCGAGGAAGGGAUAACCAGGAUGCCUAUUGGUUGGAUUAAAAUCAAUUUUACAGAGGAUUCCUGCAAUGUCAACAAGGGGAAAACCGGAAAUUGAUGUAUCUGCUCAGACACCUCCAACAUACAAGUUCCUCUCUGCUCCUUUUAAUGGAAGUCUACCACAGGAACAAAAAUGAUUCAGGUAAUCUGAGGUAUGUGGAUGGGACACCUCCAGUUCUUCAUGUAACCAACCUGAACCUUUCAUAUGGGAAGAAACAAAUUACACAAUCUACAAAAGACAACAUUUUAAGGAGCAAACUUUUUUUCUAUUGGAUGGUUUUUUUUGCCUUGAACGAGUUUGGUAAAAGGAUUAAUUUUGUCAAAAACUUGACACCCGGACAGUGUGGGGAAAAAUGAAAAUUUUAAGAGUUUGAAAAUGAUUUACUUGAUCAUGGAUUACAUGCGCAAACAAAUGUUUACCUUACAUUUGUUUGCCCCAAAACAACAUGCUGUUGAAAUGAGUGUGUACUGUAUGUAUGUGUGAUUAUGUAUGCAUAUGUCACAUUUAAACAUUACAUAUCAUGCAGUAUGCUAUACCAAAACACAUGAUGUCGCGCGUGAACAUUUUUUUUAUUAUCAUUUUAUUUUUUAUUUUGACUCGUCAGCAAGUGCACAAAAUCAUUAAAUAGAAAUGGGAACAAUGACAACGACAAAAUGACAAAAUAUUAAUAAUGACAAAUUACUUGACUGUUGAGGUGAACAUUGUUAAAUAUCUAUUUUUUUAAGUAUUAUAGAUUUUAUAUAAGAACGGUGUGGUUGAACUGCUGAAAGGUUAUUUUUGUAGUUUUUUUUAAAGUUAUUGCUUGUUGAUUUUCAUGUUGGUCCUUCACUUGCUUUAUUUUGACCGCAGUAUGAAGAAUCGAAAUGCUGAAAUGUUCAAUUCUGUCACCUUUUCUCCUAAAAUAGUUUAUGCAGUACAAACACAAAUGUUUGUGUCUUCUACAGUAUGUUGUGAUUAUUGAUAGUGUCAGAAUGCUUUAUCGCCAGUCAUUGAAAGCAUCUACCUCACUGUGCUGAUUUACUGUUUGUUUACCUCGCUGUAUUGAGUUACAUCCAGCACAUCAUAAGCCGUAUUUCUGGAAAGGCUCGCACCAACAUUUCCGUGUAACUGUAAGGAGGACACGAUGUGUUGAGCCUCUGUUCUGCUUUUGUACAAAUAUACUCUGCAAAUCAUCAAGAAAUAUUAAUGACAUGCUUUAAUCUGAACGUGGCAUAAGUCAUAUGCGAGAAAAACUUGUACAAAAUGCCCCCAAAAAGUUUUUCCUUAACUGAUGUUUUAUGGCAAAAGUGAUUUUAGAAUUGUGAAGUUAUUGCUCAUCAGUAUUGUUUAUAUAUUCGCUUGGAUGAAACAUUCAUUUGUAUGUAAAUUUGGGCCUUUUCCAUGCGCAUGACAAACAGUUUGUAUGUUUAGGGUGAUUUCCAUUGCAGUGCUUUCCCAAAAAUGUUAACAUUUAUCAAAUCAACAUCGACUACAGUAUCAUCUUAAGGCCCUGAACACACAACUUUGCAUGACAUAAAGAUGUUAUUUCCCACAUAAAUAUAAUAAUCAUCUACAGUAUGUUUAAUAUCAUUAUACAUUGACAUUAACACAUUUAAAUCAUGAUUUAUUUAUUUGUUAAAAACUCCAUCACACAAAAGCAUUCCCACAAGGCUUACUUUCAUCCCCCCUGAAAGUAAGAUUUUUACAAAAACAAUGUGUUUCACUAUUGCAUUAGAUUUUGUUGUUUCUGACAUAAACGUCACACAACUCGCAACAAAACAGACAUACAUGCAGGUUGGGAGCGAUGUCACUACAAGUCUGUGUACAUUUCCACUGUAGUGAAAGAUUGCCGCUCACAACAACCAGAGCACUACAAUCCCACAAUCCAUCCUGGCAGCGUAACGCUUGACUUCCAUAGAGAUCCAUUAAAAUGGAUUCCCCAUCGCUAGGAACAACAAAGCUGUCUACACAACUGCCUGAACCGUGACAUCUUGUGCAUUGGUUUUGAAGACAAACACACAAAAAAAGCUAAAAAUUAUUUUAUGCAUUUCAUUAAUUUUUGACCAUUGCAUCACUUUCAGCUCUUGUCGUUUCUGCAUUUUUGGCCUUUCAGCAAUAAUUCGAUUUUUCUGUUGAAUGCAGCAUUAAGUUUAGCACCCGGCUCAAAUCUGAUGUUUUAAAUGAACAUUAUAGUGACGUUCACAUGUAAACUGUGGACAGACUCGAUUUAAAUUGAUGACUUAAACAUGAAUCAUGGAACCUCCCUGUUUUGUUUUUUCCAUAAACAUCCCAUCAUAUUUCUGUCAGCUGCGUGUUGCAUUUAUACUCACAUGUGUAUUUAUUUACACUGUUGCCUGUUAAGAACAUUUAUGCAAAGCGAUGUGCAUUUCUGAUAUGUUCCUUUAAUCUUUCAUUAAUCAAGUGUGGUGUAUUGAAAGUGCACUCAAUGAAUUGAAUUGAAUUGAUGACAUGAAAAGCGCUGUGACUGCUGAUUAUAUAUUGGCACUUAUUGGCUUGGUUUCACAGAUAAGGCUUAGCUAAAGCCAGGACUAGGACUUCAUUAAAUUAAGAUCUUUAAGCAACAUGCCUUAGAAAAAGACAUUACUGGUGUGGAUCUUGAGACAAAUCAAUGGCACUGGCUUAUUUUAAGAUCUGUCAGUGGAAGUUAUUUUCAGUUGAGACGCCUCAAACACGCGUCUAUAGGCUUAAGCUUUGUCUAUAAAACCAUAGUUUUUGAUAGCAAUAAUUCAUGGUAAAACGUAUGAAUACAAAGGUGAAAAUAUCACUGUUGCUUUGCACAUGAUGUCAAACGUAAUUGUUUCGUGUAAAUAUAUUUCUUUGAUAGUGCCUUAAAUCCCAUGUUAUAUCAUAUUGUAACAAAGAAUUGACAUUAAUAUGCAUCCUAGAUUGUAUGUAUUGAGAUGAUGUCAUUGAUUUGAUUCAGUCUGUAUUAUGAAUGUACUGUAACGCAUCCAAAGACUCACUUUUCACAUCAGCUAUUUCAUACCCUACAAUUACUGAUCAUAAAUAAUCGAUGCAUCAUUCAAGCCAAAACAAUAAAUCAGACACAUGGUACUAAAAGUGCAAAGACUGUAGAUUCUAUACAGUUACGGUAACAUUAGGCUAUGCAUUCGUUUACUGCAAGGACCAGACUAAGUUCAGCAUUUAUUAAUCUUAUUUUUAUUAAAAUAUAUAUAUAUUUUUCAUUGUUUAUGAUGCAUUAUUAUACACUGUAAAAAGAAAAAUGUUGGAUAAGUUAAGUUUCACUUUAGGAGAAAAAAGUAAGUUGAAACAACACUGUAAAACCUAAAAGUUAACUCAACUCAAACCAUUUAAGUAAACCGGUUGCAUUAGUUUUAAACCACAUACAUUUGAGUACUGUGAACUUAAACAAAUUGAGUCAUGUGCAGUUAUGCACUUAUAUUUAAGUUCACACUACUUAAAUAUAAGUGCAUAAUUGCACAUGACUCAAGUUCACAGUACUUAAAUGUAUGUGUUUUAAAACUUAAAUGGCCUAAUGCAACCGGUUUACUUAAAUGGUUUGAGUUUUUACAGUGCAUAUUUAGGUGUUACUAAUUAAAGUAAUUUUAAUUGUAAUUUAAGUAGAUCCAACUGUUUACAGUGUACCUAACAAAUGUAUUCGUAUACAGUAUGCAGGAAUAACAAUGAUUAUUAAAUGCCAUGGAAGUUGUUUAUUGUUUGGUCAUUGACUAUUGCAUUAACUCAUUUUAAUAUACGGGGUAAGGUAUUACUAAUGUAAACCUACUGAACUGUAUCAGAUUAUUAUUUAAAUGACAGCGAACAGUCCCCCAUGAUGUCAUCACGCCCCAUACUGUAUGUGUUUGUGUGUUUCUGCUGGCGGCCAUCUAAAGAGCUUUAGUACUUUGUAAUGUUCGUGUAUGUCCAGUAUGAUCCUGUAUUAGUUCCUGUACUUAAUAUUGAAGAGUGACUGUCGUAUUUUUCUGCUCUUGUAAAGAAUCAUUAGAAAUGGUUUAAAUGUACGUGGGUUUAAAUCAGGAGUCUGUUCAAAUGUCCAGUAUCUAGUGUCCUCUGUCUAGUGUUCUUACUCAACAGGGUAAUAAAAUAAAUGUCUAGUUCAUUAUAUGAAUUUAUGAUGUACUGUAAUUUUGCAAAAGAUGAUGUUAUAGAGUGUAUGUUGUAUACUAGAGGUUAUAUCUGUAUACAGUAUAUGAACCAGAAACGUACAUUCAGAAUGUAUGCAAUAAAAUUUGUUUUCAAUACAA